AUGGAUUUAGUUAGGAAUAUUCUUAGAGCUGUAUCACCACUUCCAGAUGGCGAUGUUUCGGAUCGAAUUAAUUAUUGUUAUACAACCACAUUGCUUGUGGUUCUUUCAGCAUUUAUUUCUGGUUGGAGUUUCGUUGGAACACCAAUUCAGUGUUGGUUCCCAGCCUAUUACAAAGGAUGGUGGAUUGAGUAUGCAUUGGACUACUGCUACGUCCAAAACACAUAUUUUCUACCGUUUACACAAAUAAAACCGAAUGAUUAUUGGGAUAUCGCUCAGCACAUUAUCCCCAUCCCUACAAAUAUCACUGAACGUGAUGAUCGACUGAUUGGAUAUUACCAAUGGGUUCCGUUCGUUUUGGCACUUCAGGCGAUUCUCUUCUAUUUACCUGUUGUAAUUUGGCGAUCUCUUUAUGCCAGUACAGAUAUCAAAGUUGAAGCGAUUUGUGAAACUUGUAAUAUUAAAUCGAAUAUGGCGUCUGAUGAUCGUUCAAAAAAUAUGCAAAAGAUCGCCAGUUUUCUCUCUUACGAAAGAAACAUCCACGCUGGUUUCGUCGGACAUAAGCGUUUCGCUUCAUCCGGCCGUUCUCUUAUUACCUCCUACCUUGCGGUUAAGUUUUUGUAUGCAUUGAAUGCUUUGCUCCAGUUUUUGAUAAUAAAACGCAUGCUUGGUGUGGACAGCAUUUGGUGGGGUGGUGAAGUAUUCAACAAUCUCAUUCAUGGGCAUGAAUGGCCGGAGACUGGCAACUUCCCUCGUGUUACACUAUGCGAUUUCUCUGUACGAGUUCUGGGCAAUUUGCAUCGGCAUACUGUUCAGUGCGUCCUCAUGAUCAAUAUGUUCAAUGAGAAGAUAUUCGUUUUCCUAUGGUUUUGGUUACUAGUGAUUGCAUUUAUGAGUACCGUAAGCUUUUUGUACUGGACAUUCACGAGCCUGUCGAAUGCAACGGGACGACAAGUGGUGUAUAAUUAUAUUGAAAAGAUCGAACCGUCAGCAGUUAGAAACGACGAGCAUCGUGCUCUCAUCGAUCGAUUCGUUACAGAAAAGCUUCGUCCAGAUGGCCUUUUCCUCUUACGAUUGAUUAUGCUGAAUUCUGGUGACAUUCUUAUUCUAACGAUGUUCUUCUUGGAUGCUUUUCUCAAGGGACUAAAACCGCAGUUCGAUGACGAUGUCGUUGAUAGACUCAAUUAUUAUUACACACCAAUGUUACUCGUCAUUUUUGCAUUGACUCUUAGCGCAAAACAAUAUGUUGGACAACCGAUCCAGUGUUGGAUACCAGCUCAGUUUACUGGAGCCUGGGAACAGUAUAGCGAGAACUAUUGCUUCGUUCAAAACACGUAUUUUCUUCCAUUGAACCAUUACAUUCCUCAUGAUCUGGAGGAACGAGAAAGUAGGGAAAUUGGAAUAGCUGUCAGAGGGAUUGUGAUGAUGGCACAAGAUGUAAGCAAUAUGCAAACGACAAAGAGAAACGAAUCUGUGACUGUUGUUGCAACACAUCUCUAUGAUUCAUUACGAACUCAGCAGAAAUUAGAUCGCAACGGUGUGAUAUCAUCUCUGCUUCAGAAGGGUACAUAUCUCACAUUCUUGUAUUUAUUCGUCAAAGUCAUUUACCUUAUGCAAGCGAUUACGCAGUUUGUUUUGCUGAACCGCUUUCUUGGUACAAAUUAUACAUUUUGGGGAUUCGAAAUUCUCAGAGAUUUAGCAAAUGGACGUGAAUGGCAAGAAUCUGGUCACUUUCCAAGAGUGACGAUGUGUGAUUUUGAUGUACGUGUGUUGGGCAAUAGACAUAGACACACCGUGCAGUGUGUUCUUAUGAUCAAUAUGUUUAAUGAAAAGGUGUAUUUAUUCUUGUGGUGGUGGCUCUUAAUCGUCAUUAUAGUGACGAUUGGUUCACUUUGCUAUUGGAUUGCGAUGAGUCUGUUCGAAGCACAAAAGCGUUCAUUCAUCGAGCAAUAUUUGCGAGUUUACGAUCUCGUCGAUGGACGAGGAGAUAGGGCAGUCAAUAAAUUCGUUCGUCAUGCGAUGCGCAGUGACGGAGUAUUUUUACUGCGGAUAAUAGCCACAAAUGCUGGUGAUCUCAUAACAACUGAUAUCGUAGCUGCUCUCUGGAAAAUGUACCUUGAGGAUGAGAAGCCUAAUGCUUUACCACCUCCUUCGCUAACUGGCACUGCUCCAAAGCUAGAUGACGUUGAUCAAGGAUUCCAAGAAGAUCUCUAUGAUACGAAAAAGCGUCCUACCAAGUAA